GUGUGUGUGUGUGUGUGGAAGUCUUGGAUCUAUCGCCACAGCAAUCACCACUGGCAGUGCACUGGGCGGGCCUCCACACUGAGUGCCUAACGACAACGGGGACGGACGGAGAGACUGAGAGAGGGACACACAGAGAGACAGAGAGAGAGAGAAAGAGAGAGGAUUUUUGUAGCUGGGGUAGAACUGAUUACCUCCCUCAGUGCGUUUUAACAUUUUAAAUCUGCGGGUCUCCGAUGGCAGCGCCGAGAGCGCCGUGAGAACAGAGCCUCUGUCACAGUUGCUGCAGUUGUAUUCCUGGCAUGUGUCCUGGGGACGGCCGUCUUUGAGUGAUUUCCCCGACCUCGCUACUUCAACAGCUGGAUUGUCACUCCUGCAUAAGUCCUUCAUAGUUUCGUUUCGUCCGUGACACACUGGUUCACGUGGUGGUCAAGAUGUAGUUCCUGCCAAAUUUGAGACGUUUCGUCGAUCUUUGACGUCUCACUGACAACUGAAAAAAGGUCCACAUUUCAUGGGCUAGUGUUGAUUACUCUACAUAUUACAUAGCACAAUACCAAAGACUCUGUGACAUCAAGUUCCUUUCAUCUUCAUUCCAUCCUCCUGUUGAGAAAUAAUUCUAUAAGCAACUGGUAUUCCGGUAUUUCUGUGGACAUUUUGGAAAGUUAGAAGCAAAAGAAGCUGUGUAGAAUCCUCAAUUUCACAUUGCUACGUAAUUGUGCUCAGAUAAAAGUUGGAACUUUUUUUAACAAAAGUACCUCUGAACAUUUUCCAUUUACUCAAGAGUACUUACAAUCUGUUGUCUUUUGUUGAAUUUUACUAUAAUCCGAUUCUCUUGAGUUUGAUUAAGCUACAAUUAAAAUUUCCAAAAUGUCUCUGUUGAUGCUGAAAACGAAAAACUUGUCCUGGCAGGACCAUACUCUCAAUAUCGAGGUGAUGCUCGCCCCUCUACGAUCCACACUGCUUCUCAACAAACACAAAACUCUGGACACGAAGUAUGACAAAGAAAAGGCCCUCUUCGAGCGUCAGAAAGAUGCCUGUAUCAAGGACUUUGUCGUGGAGAAAAGACUCAUCGAAAGGAGAAGACAGAAGCUGAACAAAAGGAAAAAGGACAUCCUGGCAGAAACCAGAGCUAAGUCGGCUUUAGAAAAGGAAGAUACAACCGUCACGGAGGCGGUUAAUCAGGAACGGUCGUAUUCUGCUCCUGGUCGUGACCGUACUGCACAUGAUCAGGGUGCCUCGUACAAUCCAUGUUUACCGAAACUUACUCUCAAACACACACCACUAUUUGGGGGAACCCCUCUUCGUCCGAGACUAUUUUUGGAAACAGGUUUGACGUCAGAAGGGAAACACGGAAAGCCACGAGAAAGUAUCGCUUCUACCGGAAGUGCCCGAUACACCCAAGACGGAAGUAGGAAAUCAACACUCAUUGACUCCGACAGAAAGCCACCGAUACCGCCACCAAAAAACACAACGGGAGAUAAUCAAAGAGGGUUGCCCCGCCGCAUUCCCGGAGUUACGUUCCUCGACUUUUUGGAUCAAGACGACUCUGACGACGAGAACAAUAACAUCAUCGUCGAAGUAAAACCGAAAACUGUCGAGGAAAAAGUUCGCGAAUUCCUGCGCGACAUGGAAAAAUUCAACUCGCGGCCAGCGACCGCUUGCAGCAGCGCUGGGGGUCGAACUGACGACAGUCUCGUGUCUAGCAGGUACACUCGCAUGUCUGAAAGGUCCGGGGCGUCGGUGGCCAACAGGUACAACACUUUCUCUAUGGACAAAAAGUCGCUGGAGAAAGCUUUCGAUCGCUACUGCGAGAAGAAAUCCCACGAGGAUCUCCUCAAGGCUAUGAAGCUGGCGGCCAAGAUGAAGGCCCACAUUCGCCAGGCGAGGAACGCCAGCCUUGUGCCCACAAUGGCCGCGUUCAAAUCUUCCAGGUCGUUCAUGAGACUUUUGAAACGGCAGCAAAGGAAGGAUAAACAGGCUGCUCAGGGGAUGAUGGACUGAAGGAGGGAUGAGAAUGUUGGUGUUGUGAAAGGGAGUUGGUGUGUGUGUGUGUGUGUGUGUGUGUGUGUGUGUGUGUGUGUGUGUGUGUUUGUUUGAGUAUGUGUUU